AUGGAGAGCCUAUCUUUCCAUCGCGACGUGGCCCAAGACCUCACGCAAUUUUACACCAAGUUGGCAACAGCGCCUUACCUGUCGCCCGACAAUAUCCAACAACCCCCGCCCGAGGGAUGGAGCGACACUGAGCUGGACGUAGAUGGCCUGCGAAAUACACUAGGCCGUUCUGAUUCUGCCGUGGACCUCCUACGCCACCUUCCCUACUUGCGGCCCGUCGACGCAGGCCCUCAUACGGGGCAAUGGCCCAUCUUCCCAAAGACUAAGGCCAUGCGAUACUUGCAAGACCGCAGCUCGCUGCUGGAGGAGCACUUGGAGGGCUUGUUUGAGCUAGUCCACCUUCCUCCAGACAUGAUCAGCUUAACGUACCCUGCCGGUGAAUACACGCUUUACGGUCCGCAAUGGUGGCUUGUGGACUGUAAGAGUGGUCGCAUUGUCAAGUACGAGGGACCACCACGUGGCGAGGCGUUAGCGGAGGAGUUCGAGACCGAGUGGAAAAAGGCACCAUCUUACAGCCCAAGCGAGUUUUUCGCAGAGGUCACCACGAUGCUCGGCAAAGACUACUACCCCAUUCCCGGCCUGGUCGACGGCAUCGAGCCUGACUUCUCCACCCCUGAUCGCCGAGAGAUUGCCUCCUCCAUGUACCAGACCUACAUGCUGGCGGGAUGGCAGCACGGCCGCGGACCUGGACCAGCCUUUGAUCGUGAGAAAUGCCGGAAAGACUUGGAAGACUUUUUGAAGGAUCGACAAGAACGCGAGUCGAGAAAGCGAAAGGCAGAGGCCUCCCGACACGAAUCUCGACCGCCGCCACGAGAGAGAAGAGAUCCUGCGACGUACCCCGCUGGCUAUAAUAGGGACGUCAUCGUUGCCGGCCUGACGAAGUACUACAAAACGCUGGCCCAGAUGGCCUUCUUUCCUGCAUCGCUAAUACAGUACCCGCCAGGCGGGCGCUGGGGUGAUGAUACCUUCCUGCCGGCCGAUAAGACGCGCCUUCUGGGCUUCAACGACCGUGUCAUUGACCUGCUACGACACCUGCCAUAUCUUGACGUCGAUGAGACCCACGAAGAUAACCGCUGGCCCGUUAUAGGUCGCAGCGAACCGCAGCGUUACCUUGAGGACAACCCCGAAUUGAACGAGAACUUCACGGCGGACAAGGCUACCCCCGAGCGCCUGUACGCUCACGGUCUCUUCCCUUUCGCCGAGAAGAUGCCUGAUGGUCUGGUUCCCAUCGCGGGCGGCGGAGGCGAGGGCAGCGAUAGCGGCGAGUGGUGGAUCAUCGAUACCAAUGCUGGCACCGUCAUUGUCUACGAUGCUGGCAACAAGCAAGUCCAGGAUGCCCCGAGUGACCAGCCCUGGCUGUGGACACCGCCGCGACCUGCCGGACCGUUCUUUGAUGCGCUCGUUGACAGCCUGUAUUCUCUUGACCUGGUGCCUUUGCCUCGUCCUGAAACGGAGGACGCAGAGUAUUAUCCCGAAAUUUGGGGUACGAUUCGAGAAGGGGAGGAAGAGGAAGAUGAGCUGGUAGACCCCGGGAUUGAGUUCGAGGUCGGCCGCAUUCACAGUCCAAAUUACAUUGCAGAGUAUGACGAAGAAUGGGACGAAAGUGGAUGA